AUGAUUUAAUUAUUCUUACAAUUGAAAGAAUUAUUAAAAUAUUGUAGAACUCAAAUGGGUAAUAAUACUCAACGUCCACUUCCAGAGCAAAAAGUUAAAGCUAAGAGGUUAUUAAACACAACUAUAAUAUGGGGUGAUUAUAACAAUAAUUAAGAUAAUAAAUAUUUGAUUAACUAGUUAGUUGAAUUUUAUAAUUUCAAGGAGGAGAACAUCUUUUAGUGUUUUAAUGAGUCUGAUUUCUAUUUAAAAUUAUAGAAAUAUGGAAGUAAAAAUACUCUGAUUAUGAUGAGCGGAAGAUUUGCUACUCAGAAAAACUUUCAAAAUGUAAAGUACGUAGAUUAACUAAUAACCAAUUGUUAGAUUAAUUGCAGAUACAUUUUAAUUUACACUAGCGAGUAAACAAUUAAUCAACAAAAUUUAAGUCUCGCUACACUUUAAUCAUAAUAUCCUAGCUUGAUGGCGCUUGAACACAAGUAUAAAUAAUUAGUUUAGCAAAUGCUAAAUUUAAUUUAUAAUUAUUCUCACAUUCCUUUUGAGCUGCAAGAAAAUCAAUAAAAUUAUUUAAGUAGCGAAUAGGACACUAAGCUAAUAAAUAUUUUUACUAAGUCUGAAUACUUUGAUUUGAAUAAAUAAUAUAAAAAGCUUAAUAUAGAAGAUGAAAAAUUAAAGAGAUUGAUUGAUUUGUUGAAAAAUGUAAAUUCAGAUUCACCUCUUGACAAAUUCAAAGAUGAGAGUUUGGUUAAAAAUUUUUUACAUAAAAUCAAGUAAUGCUGCAAAUAAAAUACUAUCACUCAAAAAUCUUAAAUUAUUUAAAAAUAAAACAUAGUAAAUAACUUAAUUCAUUUGUUUUCAAAAGAAGGAGAUAUAUAUAAAUUAGUUAAUUUUACUCUUUGCACUUUAAAUCCUCUUAUUUAUGACUGCAUGAAACCUGUUUAUAAACUAUUUUCUGCAGCUCUCACUAAAUAUGAUGACGAAAAUAAUUUUAGACAACUCAAAUUAUACAGAGGUUCUGUCAUUUCUAAAAGCUUUUAUUAAUAAAUUUCCUAUUAAUUUGUUCUCAAAGAAUCUAAAAAUGAAAAAACCUUCAUUUUUUUCCCCUCAUUUAUUUCUACAACGCUAGAUAAAUAAGUAGCUCAAUAUCUUGUUGCCCCAUAGUAGAUAUAAACACAAAUUCUGAGUAGUUCUGAAUCCUUAGUAACACCAAAGCUGAUAUAAAAUUAAACUAAAAUUGCGAGUAGCUCUCAAGACUAAGUAGCAUCAUAAUAGAUAUAAAAUUAAACAUAAAUAGUGAGUAGCUCUCAAGAUUAAGAAGCACCAUAGCAGAUAUAAACCUAAACACAAACUGAGAGUGGCUUUGAAAACAUGGAAUACGAAGUUUAUGAAAUAAUUUAUAACUCAAGAAAAUUUUUGCUGGAUAAUACAAUUUUAUAUCAAUAUCAAUAAGGAUAACAAACAAGCAAAAUAAGCAAAGAAGUAUAUUAGUUGAUAAAAAAAUUUAGACCUUUCUUGCUCUAAAAUUAAAAUUCUGUUCAAAACACAUAAACAAAUUAAAAUAUAAAUUAACAAUUUGUUAACCAAGAAAAUGAAGAAGAGGAAUUAAAAGAUGAAUCCUAAGUAGAACCUAGAAAUGAAGACUAAAUUGGAUUUUAAAAUAAUUAAGAAGGAUAAGAAAAAGAAGAAUCAAAAAGUUAAAAUGAGAUAAAAUAAUCUAUUUAUGAGGAAUUUAAAAAUCAUGAUGAAGAAGAUUUUAGAUUAUUGCCUAAAGACAUGUCUAAUUUUUAUAAGGUAAUUUUCCACAUAAAAGCAAAUAUUAGCCUUGAAAAUCCGUAUAGACCUAAGUAUAUUUCUAAAAUUUCAGAAUACAGUGAAGAAGAGUUUUUAUUUUAGCCAUUUAGCAAAUUUAAAGUUUUACGUAUUACUGAGCCUGACAACUUAAGAAACGAUGAUCAAGCAAUCUAAUUUCAUGAAAUAUACUUAGAAUAUUAAGAAUGA